AAAAUACAAUCUAUUAUGCUGUCUGAAAUAUCUCCAUCAAUGUCUUUUUCGUUAAUUAUUCCAAAGCCAUGUGAUAGACUUGUCUUUUCCAAAUUUCUUUGCUGCCAAAACUGUUUUUCAAGAGCAAACCAAUGCAUAUGCUAAUAUUUUAACCAUUGUGAGGUGAAAGGUCAAAUCUCCUGCAUCUUUCUCCAACAUCCUUCAAAACUCCAUCCACCAAGGGCUCUUAAUUAACAUCCUGACUCAACUUCCACUGAUCAUGUUUCUCCUCUUCUAUUAUUUCACUCUUUUUCCAUUCUCUUCAUUUUCUGUUUUAAUUUUGAACUGAUCGCCAUUGAAACAAACUGUAAUAAUGUAUACUCUAAAACUUAGAACCCGAAGAUCUUUUUCUUUUCGUUUAUUUCGUUUAUAAAGGUUUAUGUGGUCAUGUGGGCCUCAAGAAAGUAUUUUAAUUUAUAUUUUAAUUGUUUUUUGAUUGUUUUAUUCGGAUUUUCUUCUCGCAUCUCCUACAUUUGGCUUCAAUUAUUGAUAUCUUAUCAGACUCUCAACUUACCGCAAAGACAGCAUGUUUAAAACAACACUUUGAUUAACCACUUCAGUUGAAAAGUGUUGUCAGUUGCAUAAAGGAAAUCUAAUCUUUUUGGUCAGCCAAUGAGAUUGCUGCAUUUAAAAUGGUCUUCUUUAUCCAGACGAGCAGUCAUAUUAUUUGGACUAUUAGCUGGCUUCUUUGUUUCUCUUUUUACUCCAUAUUUUAAUAACUGUUUAACUGUUGAAACUACCACUGGAUUUCAAUUAUCACGACUUCUGGUUAAAUCAAGUAACUGGUUUGAGGAAAUUAUCAAUUCUGAUUUCAAUCCAAUUGUAAAAUUGCCGUUAACCAAUGGAUCAGUUAAACCCAGUGAGCGACUGAAAGCCUACAACUCAAAGAGACCACGUUUUGUUUUAGACGAAUUGGAUGUUAACGAUCAACUGUUGAUUGUAGUGCUAACCAGUGACCAAACUUAUUUUAAUUUGGGCCAACUGCUGAAUGAAACCCUCAGUUCAUACGCUGAUCGAAUCUUAUUUUUCAAAGAAUCUAUCUAUUCUGACUCAUCUGUGUCGUCAUCAUCUUCACAAUCACCUUCUGCCUCUGUAUCAACUCCAUCUUCUUCAUCCUCCUCGCCUGCCCCAGCACAAUUACCACUAUCAUCGCCUGAAUCAUCAUUUCCAUUAGUCUCUCCAUCACCCUCCUUAAUUAAUCUUUAUCCUUCUCAAACUCCGGAGCCUGUGCUAUCUCGCAUCUUGAAUUAUCUUGAUAAAUCUUAUGACUCUGGGAAAGUCAAGAGUUACUUGCGAGGCCAUAACUUCAUUUUUUUCAUUAGUGAUAAUAGUUAUGUGAAAGGAGACGCACUUCGCUCGAUUGUUGAUAAUCUCUCCAUAAGUGAUCACAUCUUCGCUCUGGGAGGCGAUAUUGGUGUUGAUUUAUUAGAUUCUAAUCAGUUCUCCAGUUGUUCAUCUGCAUUUACGGAAAAAUCAAAUUUAUUCCAUCACUUUUUAUCUGGGUUAUUAGUGAGUACUUCACUGAUUGGUUCGUGUCGAGGUCAACUAGAUUGUCUUAGAUUAGCUUGCAAUGAUUCGUUAAUAAAAUCAUAUAGAUUGUCACCUGAUCACAGUGACAAACUUUUGCUCGACCCUAACCUAUUCAGCUCCAGUUUAAUAACAUAUCCUUUAUUUACCACCAAAGUUUACGCCAAUGUUCAUCAUUUUUAUCUUCAAUCAUCACUCAACAAUUACUUGAGACAGUUAAGUAAACUGGAGAGUAAAAUCACUGCCUAUGUUGACAACCAUAAGCAUAAGACACAUCACCAAUGGACAUCAACUUGGCCUUUAGGAAUAAUAAGUUCACAUCGUCCAGUCGAUCGAUUUGAUGUUGUCCGAUGGACCUACAUUGAGAAUGGAUUAGUUUACAUGCCUGAUGACUUUGAAGUCCUGAGAGAAGAAAAUGAAGCUGAGAAAAUUGAUCGUGAAACAAUUGAAUAUCUCACUGGACGCUGGUUAAUUACUCAAUAUCCAGAUAUUAAAUCUGUUGGUUCAAUACAAUUUACCAGUGUUUAUAGAAGAUUUGAUGCGAAUCGAGGGAUGGAUUAUAUUAUGAAUUUAAAUAUACUCUCAAAUCAAGGACGCUUGACCAAUUUCCCAAUCAGGAUCGAAGCAGUAAAACCUUUGGUACCCAUGACAAUAAUUGACCAAAUACCGUUUGCAACAGAGCAGAACAGAGUUACUUUGGUUGUUCCUGUUCGUUCAGAUGGAGAAGUUUCUGAUAUAAUCUCUCUAAUGAAUCAAUAUGUUAACCUGUGUAACGAAAAACAAUGGCAGUCCCGAAAUUUGGCCUUAAUCAUAGCUCUAAUCACCCAAAAUUCAUCACCUCCUUCUGGAUAUGGACGAGUAAUCUCUUUACAAAGCAAACUCUCUAGUCUUGAAUGUAAAUUGCUUUUAUCAACCAUUCCAAGAGAACCCAAUGAGAGUUAUUCAACCUCAACUGAUUUAGGUUUAUUGAUGCUUCUCAAAGAAAGAUUCACACAGAUACUCAUGCAUUCAAUUAUUGUCCUGAGUACGAGUAAUACUCUAAUCAAUUCUGAUUAUUUGGCGCGAAUUCAAUUGAACACCAUUAAAGGUCAUCAAAUUUUCUUUCCAAUUCCAUUUCAAGAAUAUAAUCUUCGCCCUAGUUCCUCUGGUUCAUCAUCAGAAUACUCAUGGAAGAUCACUAAAGACAGUGGGUUCUUCAAUUGGUUUGAUUAUCGGCAUGCUGCCUUUUACAUGGAGGAUCUUGAAAAAGCUUUAGAAACAGUUUUGGCUCCAUCAGUUUUACCAAAUUUAAGAACCAGAACCAAUGAGAUACUUUGUGACUACGAUUUACUUGAAAUGUUUCUACAAUUUAAUUGCCAAUCUUCAGUGCGAACAGGUCUCCAUAUAUUACGGUCAAUUGAACCUAAGCUUAAAUUAAGCUACCGAAACGAGGAUUGUGAUCAAAAGGCUGACAAAUUUACCCAACAAUGGUGUAAUAUGACUCCUGUUUAUUCAUUUGGUAACAAAGCUCAAAUGGCUAGUCUGAUAUUGAACUAUAAAAAGAUAAAGUUUACGAAUUAAAACAUAAAAGAUCAAGAAGGACAAUAUCAGUUCGAUUGACGCGAUUCGCUAUGAUGCACAGGAAUUUGUUCAAUAUCAGAAUAAUUAUUUUCAUGGAAAUACAUAUUUCCCAGUUUUAUUUGCAUUCAGUUCAAAUGUUAAUCUUGGUGAAUAAUAAUGUAAUAGCAAAAUUGUAAUACGACUCUUGUUUAUUCAAAUCUCAAAUGGCUAAUCUAAUAUUGAACUAUAAAAAGAUCAAAUUCACGAAUUAACAAAAUGAACAAUAUCAGUUUGUUUGAUACAAAAUAACCAUUGACAAAUCCUUAUUAAAAUGCUCAAACAAGUGACUUUUAUUGCAAUUUAAUAAGACAGAUCCAUACAAUUAAAUUUACCAACGUUAAAGAUCUUAUGAAAUGAACUUCUCAUUAAAGUGUGAAUUGAUUAUUA